GUCGAUUCCAGCGGUGGCGGAAUUAAGGAAUAAUUUGUUUAAUGCAACGAAGCAUAUCGACUUGAAAUAACUCUUAAAUUGAAUGCUUUCUGUUACUACAUCCGAAACGAGGCGUGAAAGUUUGCACAAAGUAGUUUGUUGGCUACGUGAUUACCUUUAACAGCAGAAACACAUCAGCGCAGAUAGCACAGAUUACAUCAGAGAUGACCAAUGAUAGGUUGGAUUGUAGUCGUUAGUCGAGUUCCUUCUCAGUAAAACGAUUUAAAGCAAAUAUUCUACUCGAAAUGUUAUUUUUGUUUGGCUGAAAUGAGUACAUGUACAAGAAUAAUAGCUGUCAUCAUGGGAUUCAAUGUGAAUAUGUUGGUGCUUGGAGUUUUUCUGUUUCAACACUUUGUGCCAAUGGUGAAUACUGUAGCUAACAAUUUGUAUACAUAUGAUGGUGUUUCAAGUACUGAUAUCAUUGGAGUAGAUGUAUUCUUUGAAAUCAUAGAACCAGAAGAGCUGCAAUAUACCUACAGAAUCAGGCCUGCUAAAGAUUUUGGUGCACCAUUUAACAAAUCAUUUUCUGCAUAUGGAAUUCCUCUUGUACCUGUGGAACCUCCAUAUGGAUGUGGAUGGCCAAACAAUGCAAAGGAACUAGAAGGGAGUGUGGCUCUGGUUGAACGGGGGGAGUGUUCAUUCUUGAGUAAAACUGUAAAAGCAGAGGAAGUUGGAGCACGAGCAAUAAUAGUUACAAAUCAAGAUCCCGAAAGUGAUGAAUUUUACAUAGAAAUGGUCGAUGACAAUACAUUUCGAGAAGUUCAUAUUCCAGCUGGAUUUCUUUUGGGAAAAAAUGGGUACAUGAUUAGAAAAACCCUGGAGAGGCUACAGAGGAGAUUUGCUUUAAUUAACAUUCCUGUUAAUCUGACAUAUGUUCCAGUAAAUAAAAUCAAUCAGCCACCGUGGUUAGGAUGGUAG